AUGGCGAUCGUACGACCGCUGCAGCACCGCAUGACACGCCGGAGGGCGCUCCUGGCGCUUCUGGCGGUGUGGGUGGCAAGCGCGGCGCUCGCUGGACCGUGCCUCGUCUUCUCCACCACCGUCACCAGAACGUAUGCCGGUGGUGAGGAAUCGCGGAUAUGCUUCCUGGAGUGGCCCGACGGACACUACCCACAGUCUCUCACCGACUACGUGUACAACGUGGUGUUCCUGUGCGUGACGUACCUGGUGCCUGUGACGGCGAUGGCCGUGUGUUACGGCCUGAUGGGCCGCGAGCUGUGGGGGGACCGCGGCAUCGGCGAGAAGACGGCGCGGCAGCAAGAAGCCGUCCGCUCCAAGAGGAAGGUGGUGCGCAUGCUGGUGUUGGUGGUGGCCAUCUUCGCGAGCUGCUGGCUGCCCUACCACGCCUACUUCAUCUACGCCUACCACGACCCAGCUGUCGCCUCCAGCUGGUACGUGCAGCACCUCUACCUCGGCUUCUACUGGCUCGCUAUGGCCAACGCCGGUGUCAACCCUGCCAUCUACUACUGGAUGAACAACCGGUUCCGGCUGUACUUCCAGCGCGCCCUGUGCCGGCUGUGCUGCAGCUGCGCGACCGCCUCAAAGCAGCGGGAGGCGCAGAUGGGCCUCACCUACUUCCGCAACCCGCCGCACAGUAACUCAGAGACCACUAGGCGCAUGCGCGCCAGCUAUGCAGUCACUGCAACAGCGUGA